GUGUCCUGUGUGCGCUCGCGCGUCAUCCGCAUCAUUCGGCCGUGUAUUUCUCCUUUCAAACUGCAGUAAAGAAACACACACCGCAUAUAAAUUCAUAUUAAACUGCUUUUACACAACGCGCUGCAAUGGCCGACCCGAAGUAUGCCAACCUGCCGGGCAUCGCCUCCAACGAGCCUGACGUCUAUGAGACGAGUGAUCUUCCCGAGGAUGACCAGGCGCAGUUUGAGUCGGAGGAGCUGUGCAGCGACAGCGUGGAGCGGAUCGUCGUCAAUCCCAACGCCGCGUACGACAAGUUCAAAGACAAACACGUCAGCACCAAGGGUUUGGAUUUCUCGGACCGCAUCAGUAAGAACAGCAGGGUGGGCUACGAGUCCGGAGAGUACGAGCUGUUAGCGGAGGGCUGUGGCGUGAAGGAGACUCCCCAGCAGAAGUACCAGCGGCUGGUGAACGAGAUCCACGAGCUCUGCCAAGAUGUGGAGCGUAUUCAGGUCACCACUAAAGAGAGCAGUGCUGAGGAGCGCUUGACUCCGGUGGCUUUGGCUCAGCAAGCGGCGCAGCUCAAACAGCAGCUGGUUUCUGCUCAUCUGGACUCUCUGCUCGGACCCAACGCCCACAUCAACCUCACCGACCCUGACGGAGCUCUUGCCAAGCGGUUGUUGACUCAGCUGGAAGUGGCGCGGGGCGUCAGGACCGGUUCAGGAGGAGAGGGGAAGACAGCGCCACCCAAAGGCCCGGAUGGAGUGAUUCUCUACGAGCUUCACAGCCGACCAGAGCAAGAGAAGUUCACUGAAUCUGCCAAGGUCGCGGAGCUCGAGAGGCGAUUGGCUGAGCUGGAGAUGUCGAUCGGCUCCGGCUCGGAUAAACAGGGUCCGCUCAGUGCCGGGGUCCAGGGAGCCAGUCUGACGGACACUAUCGAGCUUCUGCAGGCUCGUGUCAGUGCGCUGGACGCCGCCACACUGGACCAGGUGGAAGCCCGACUACAGAGUGUUCUGGGGAAGAUGAAUGAAAUAGCCAAACACAAGGCGGCCAUCGAGGAUGCCGAGACCCAGAAUAAGGUGUCUCAGCUGUAUGAUGUGGUUCAGAAGUGGGAUGCGAUGGCCACGUCCCUCCCGCAGGUCGUGCAGAGACUGACGGCUGUCAAAGAACUGCAUGAACAGGCGAUGCAGUUUGGCCAGCUGUUGACCCAUCUGGACACGACACAGCAGAUGAUCAACAACUCUCUGAAGGACAACACCACUCUCCUGACGCAGGUCCAGCAAACCAUGAAGGAGAACCUGGUGUCGGUGGAGGAGAACUUCUCCGCACUGGACCAGAGGAUGAAGAAACUCUCCAAAUAAAAGCGUGAGGAGAGGGAAUGCCGGAAGAGGCCGUUCGACGUUCCUCACGUU